AUGACCUCUUUGAACUAUACGUUUAAUUCAAAUGGUAAUAACAUCAAUAAUAUUAAUAAUAUUUAUAAUAAUGGUAUCACGAUGACAGGUAUGAAUGAUAACAGUAAUAAUAUUAAUAAUAACAGCACACAUCCAAAUAAUGGGGCUAUAUUUAGUUCUAGAACUUUAUUACAUCCUAUGCUGGAUUCUACUACACCAAGGGCGUCCGUUAGUCGUCAUAACAUAUCUUUUGCUACAAUAACUGCACCUCCUACCACUAACUUAAAUAAUAACUAUACAUCAGGUAAUUCUUGCAAUAAUCCAAAUAUAAUACAUUCAAAUUAUUAUCGUUCUGCCUCAAAGUUCAAUCCAAAUAAUCCAAGUACUAAUACCAAUAAUGGUGGUAAUACUUCCUCGCAUCAAAAACCACAGUCACAACACUAUUCAUAUUUCUCAAACUUUGUACCAAAAUUAAAUCCUUCUAAUACUCAAUAUUUACAAGCAGAUGAUAUUAAUACUAACAAUAACAAUAAUAACAAUUAUACUCCACAGAAUACGAAUGGGUUGUUUGCACGUCCCUCUGUAUCAUAUGACUUUAAAAACCCAUUUAUUCAAAAUAGCCAAUACUAUUAUCAAAAUAGCGAAUACGAUAACAAUUAUACCAGCAUUAAUUGCUCAACUACAACUCCCGUUUCUGUUAAUAGUAACAAUACCAAAGACACAAAAUUCCUUUCUUUGCUUAGCAAUCCUGUUUUAAGAAAUAAUAGUAACAAUGAAAAUAACAAUAAUAACAAUUCACUAAUAGACUACAAUAGUUAUCUCCCAGAAAACUCUCCUGUCAUCCAGCACUCUCAAAACCAUCCUAGAUUGUCUAUAUCCUCUCAACAAUUCAAUUCAUCAACUAUAUUUAGUAACGGUCCAGCACCACCUCUAAUGACUCCUAACAUUAAGACAGAAUCAUUAAGCCAGUAUCGUACAGGACAUAGCUUGUCUUUCUCUGGCCCUACCACUGUAUCUGCCUCUAAUCUAUCUGCACUCUCUGCACAUUCUCCAGGGGUUGCAUCUUCUAUGGCCUCUACUCAACUUUGUCAACAAAAACGACAAAAUAAUCAAAAAUUGUUCUCUCAGCAACUUCCUUUACGCAGCCUUUCUAUUAGUUCUAAUCCACCAACAGUGUUAAAUGGAGGGACUGUAGUGCCAACUGUUGUGAAUCCUAGAUAUUCUAUUUCAAGUUCUUAUAAUCCAUCCACAUUAGCAACAACAACUAUUUUCACGGGUACAACUAUUAGUCCUACAGCAGCAGCUGUGGGCGAUACUAUUUCUGUACCUGCCACCACUACAAUAAACACGGAUAGUAACAGUGAGUAUUCUGCUGCUAAUCUAAAUCCAAUUAUAAAUGGAAAUUUAAGCCCUAAAUCAACUUAUCGUACUUUUAAUAGCAACACUUUAACUCAAGAUAAUGGAAUCACCCAUAAAAGGAAUUAUGGAAAUAAUAAUGAUGCUAUUUUUACCGUUGAAAAGAGCAGAGAAGAAGAAGUUUAUCCUCAUAAAUGUGAGCAAUGUAUGAAAUCAUUCAAAAGGCAUUCUUGGUUGAAAAGACACUUAUUAUCUCAUAGUGCAGAAAGACAUUUUUUCUGCCAAUGGUGUCUAAGUAGACACAAAAGAAAGGAUAACCUUUUACAACAUAUGAAAUUAAAACAUCCAAAAUAUUUGUAUCAGGAACUAAGGCUGGCCAAUGUUCCAUUUAAAUGGCAAAGAAGCAAAAAUAUUAAUUUUAUGAAUAUUCCUGAUGAAAAAAGGAUUGAUUAUAUUGAUUCAAUCAAAUCUUUGUUACACCAAGGAAUUCUUAGCAAGGAGGACGUUAAAAGAGUUUUAAAUGAAAUUAUAGAAAGAAAUCAUUGA